AUGCUGUCUCUAGAAGAGGGUGGUUGUCGUCUGUACAUCCCAGAAGAAGAUAGGGUUUACGAUACGACGAAGAGUUGUGAUUUUUCAGGGUAUCGAUUCCUGGCAAACUCGGGUAAGUGGUUCCUGGCCGUAGAUUCUCGAUCGAGACUCGUUAUUAUAGACGUGUUCAGCGAGGAGAGGAUCGAUCUUCCUCCUCUGGGGUCAAUAAAGGGUGACUUCCAUAAGGUUGAGGCAGCAGGAGAUAAGAAAUUCGAUGUUAUGUUUAUUGAGCAUAUUGGUUUCUGUUCUGGGGUUAUUAAAACUGUGGAAGAUCUGAGAGGUCUUUUGUGGGUAGACGACAAGAGUGGAGAGUACGUUGUUGUGUGGCAAUUUGAAGGCCACGAGUUUGUAGGGUAUUGCAAGAAAGGAGAUGAUCAUUACCGUGAGAUUCCUACAAAGAUCGGUGUCCCCAGGGAUUUACAAGGCAUAAAUGAUAUGGUACUCAAAGGUUACAGCCUUUACUGGUUUACGAAACGUGAGUUCGUUCGACACCUGGAUUUGUCUGGAGAAGAUGGUUACAAGGAUGUGUCCGAGAACCACAGAUUGCCAAUGUGGAUGCCAACUCUGGGUAGUAAGGAGGAAUGUGAAAGACUGGGAGCAGUUAAGACCAUCGCAGGUACCAUUAACAUUGCUGUGACAACAUCAGGAGAGGCUUUGUAUGUCCAUAGCAAAGCUUACGAGACGUCAACCUUGGAAAGGCCUAGGACGUUCCACGUGUACAAGAGGGAUCCUAAAGAUCUACACCCGAGUACCAACGACACAAGGCUUCUGGAGCUUGAUUCUCUAGGUGAUGAGGCACUGUUUCUUGACUUGGGUAUCACCGUGAAAGUGGAAGCUCACCAUACCAUUGGUAUCGAGCCAAACUACAUCUAUUUCACACGUGGUGACCGUAACCGUCGCCGGAGAGUUUCAUGCCUCGACAUAUGUGUGUACAAUCUUGCAACAAAGACCAACAAACGCUUCCCGAGUCUCUCCAACUUAAAAGUCAAGGAUGCUCAGUGGUUUCUCCCCUCUUGA